AUCAAAACGCACACGUUCAAGACGUAACAACACACUGGGAGAACGUCAUGUUCAAUUUAAUGCACAAUUAUUUAUUACUAAUUUCUCAACGAUGAACAAUUGCCAUAAAAUUUCGACCAAACGUGUAUGCCAGUGAAAAAUUCGUAUAUUUUGUGAGCCGAGCAGAAAGCAUAGAGGACCACUUUGACGCAUGAUGACGACAUAAACCAGCGACUGAGCCACUCCGACGAAAAGGCGAACUAACAAAACAUAGUACCUGGAGAUCCCUCUUAAACAAUGCCAAAAGUUAAAAGGAGCAGAAAGCCUCCUCCAGACGGAUGGGAGCUAAUUGAGCCCACUCUGGACGAACUUGACCAAAAAAUGAGGGAAGCUGAAACUGAACCACAUGAAGGCAAGCGGAAGGUUGAGUCGCUCUGGCCAAUUUUCAGGCUGCACCACCAACGGAGCCGAUACAUUUUCGACUUGUUCUACAAAAGAAAGGCUAUAAGCAGAGAGCUCUAUGAAUACUGCAUAAAAGAAGGUUAUGCAGAUAAGAAUCUCAUCGCAAAGUGGAAGAAGCAGGGCUAUGAGAAUCUGUGUUGUCUGCGUUGCAUCCAGACCCGAGAUACCAACUUUGGAACAAAUUGCAUUUGCAGAGUUCCCAAAAGCAAGCUGGAAGUGGGAAGGAUCAUCGAAUGCACCCACUGUGGAUGCCGAGGGUGCUCUGGCUGAAACUCUUAAUUUCUGCCUUUUUGGGAAACAUCAGGGCUCAUUACCUAGUGCUUUGAAAAAUCCUGGUCCAUACUUGGGUUCAUACCAUUCCAGAUUUUAGAUCUGUAGUGUACACUGUGAUUCCCAUUGUACA